AUGCCGGCGCGGUCACUGCUUGCGAUAAGCACGCGGGUCGCUGUGCAGAAUGUUAGAAGUUUGACGGACAUCGGGAAUAUCCCGUACUCGCUGGCGAGGCCUUUUUUGAUCAAAGUCGAGAGUCCGAAGCAAUUGAGAGAGCUCGAAAAAAAUUCCCCACACAUAAUGGCGGACGAUCGCGAACUAUGGCUAGACUUUAUCAAACGCGACAUCCCUCAAUGGGAACAAUACGACAUCCCUUCGGAAUCCGACAGCUGGUACGACAUCUACUGCGACUUACUCGACCAAGUGCAACGCGAAGUUGAAGAAGGCGCCCUACAGCUCAAACAAGCAGUCGAUAAAUUCUAUUCGGAUAAAGCCAGCAACGCGGCUGUUUUGGUCAAGGAUACGAGUCGUCUACCCAAGCCUAAGCGGAGGAUUUAUACGGGCAGUAGUGGCACAAGAUCGGAACCGAAGAAAAAUAGUAUCUUCAGUAGCAAGAGGAACAAGGUGCUAGCUGUGCCGACGCAUCAGUUGCAUAGUGGUGCAUCGAGGAUCAAUCGUGUGCCGCAGUGGUUAGUGGAUGAGCAUAAACAAGCACCGGCAUCUACCCCUGCGACGGCUGCGUCGAGGCCAGUGCCGAAAUCUUCUGCUGGUGCCGGCGGACCAGCUCAAAAACUAGUGGCUCCUCGACGACCGAUAAUAAAGCGACCGACUUCAUCUGUACCGGCGAAUGGCGGCGCAAAACCCGACAUAGCUCAAGGCAGCCGGCCAAUCGUACCUAGGAAACGCGAUCAUGACGGAUCUCCGCCUCGGAUACAGUCAGGUCGUGCCGAUUCGGCUGGCUCGCCAUCAGUUCGUCAGUCGCCAAUGUCACCUGCCGCGAAACCUCUCGUUAGAAAGCGUCCUGCGGCAAGUCAGCCAAAUAUAUUCAUGCCAAAGAAGCGGAGGUCCUGA